AUGGCUUGCGACACGGGUGGACUUCUGUUCCGCGAGUCAGUCUCUCGUGUCUUGCUUCUCGCCACGACCAUCCUGGGUUUCCAGCUGAAAAGAGAGCGAGUGAGAAAGAGAGAGCGCGCCCUGCUGUCUGAGAACCCGCGGCAGCUUUCCCAAGCCGGGCUCUCGAACCUCCCCGAGCAGUGA